AGGCUCCAGCUCACGAACUGAACUGCGAUAUCAUGGCCUGAGCCAAAGCAGGAUGCUUAUCUGACAUAUCCACCCAGGCGCCCCGGCUUUACCUUUGAAACAACACCAGAAUCCUGUCGCUUCUCACCACCUCCACUGCUGCUGUGUUUCUUCUGCUUUCAGUCAGUAAGGGACAGCCAGGUUCUUAGCUCACAGAAGAGACUCAAGCUUUGAUUCCCGAGAGAUCUGUGCCCUGGGGGACCCUCUUGUAUGGAACUGCAGCAGUCUUGCUGUGACUCUGAUCACAGGAUUUGUACUAGGAAUAGGAUCAUUCGGGAAUACAGGAGCAUGAAGCGUUCAAAAUGGUUGGGUGGCAGUUUCAACUUCCAGUUUGGUGGGAAAACUGUGUCACUUGGUGGAGGCAUUCGUCCCUCAGACACUACAGGCUUUUAACACACCUCUCCUCCGUAUAGUCAUGAGGCCAAGAAGCAAAGAAUGUUUGAGUUGUAAAACGGUUUCAUUGUGAGAGAGCCACUCCUACAUCCAGCCCCUUGGUCCUCGAACUGCUCUCUGGCUAAAGGAGAAACAGUACGUACCCUGGUUCAGAGCAUUACUGUAUCCUGUGGAUGGCUCUCUAGUUCAUGAAGUGUCUACAGCUGGGACCUUACGUGGACCUUCAGGAGGCCUUUCCAUCAUGGUAGAAUGCUGACUAAUGGAGCACGUGAAUUUCUGCGAAGCGCCGGCAAGUAAAAUGUGUGCGGACUGAUAGGUCAGAGCUCUCAUUCUCCGGGCGACUUUAAUAUGCACGUCGUGCUUUCAGCUCUCCGGACAAAGACGCCGACACUUCGCAGGUCCCUCGAGUGGGACUCAGAAGACCGAACAGAGCUCCAGCCUUCUGCUAGUGUCCGUUCUUGCCCCUUUUGGCAUCUCGGGACUUGUAGUUUUGUCCACUAUAUCUUUGCUGGAGAAACGAACGCUGAGACCACAACUCCCGUCACCGCGCGAGGACUGGCGCCAUCAGAGCGCAGCCUCAGGAGGGGGCACGGGCGCCAUUGACUAACCCGCUGGUCGAAGGGUCCGCCUUCCUGAGCCUAGGAGCCCCUGUGAUUGGUCAGCUGCCUCGCUUCUCACGGAGGGGGCGACAGGUGAAUGAAAGAGGGGCGUGUCGCUGUGCGGUAGCUCGGCCGCAAGGCUGGAUCCCGCUGAAAGAGAUUCAGGCUACUCCAGAGCAGCAGCAGCUGGUGGAGACAUGGAGAUGCAGUCCUAUCAUGCCAAGCUCUUGGGGGAGUUGAAUGAACAGCGAAAGAGGGACUUUUUCUGUGACUGCAGCAUCAUCGUGGAAGGGCGGAUCUUCAAGGCCCACAGGAACAUUUUGUUUGCCAACAGCGGCUACUUCCGAGCCCUGCUCAUUCACUACAUCCAGGACAGCGGGCGGCACAGCACCGCCUCCCUGGACAUAGUCACCUCUGAUGCCUUCUCCACCAUCUUAGACUUCCUGUACUCUGGGAAGCUGGAUUUGUGCGGGGACAACGUGAUUGAAGUCAUGUCGGCGGCCAGCUACCUGCAGAUGAACGACGUGGUGAACUUCUGCAAGGCCUACAUCAGGUCGUCCCUUGAUAUCUGCCGGAAGAUGGAGAAGGAGGCUGCCGUGGCUGCAGCGGUGGCGGCGGCGGCCGCGGCGGCGGUGGCCGCUCAUCAGGUGGACGGCGGGAGCCCCAGUUCAGGCAGGGAAGGGACCGCCUGUGACACCAAGAGCGUGGUCCCCUCUCCGGCCGAGGGAGAGGAGAGGGUGGACUGUCCAAGAGAGCCCCCUCGCAGUGACUGCAGAGGCUGCCACCCCCUGGAACUGGCGGCGAAGGACGGCCAGGGCAGUGGCCCAGCUGACAGUGACCUCUCUAUUCUGCCCAAACAGAUAGAGCCCAAGGUGGAGUUUGAUGCCGACGAGGUGGAGGUGGAGUUGGGCGAACAGCUGCAGCCGUAUGCCACCCCACUCAGCCUGGCCCACAUGGACGAGGGUUUGCCCGGUGGCCAGGCCAUCGACUUGGCUUACGGUAACUACCACGUGAAGCAGUUCCUGGAGGCACUCCUGCGCAAUGGUGCCGUCCAGGGCAAAGGUGACGUGGACCAUCACUUCUCUCGAAGUUUGGAGGGAAGACCAGAGGGUGCGGGAGGAGCCAUGAGUGCCGUGAUGGAUGUCCAGACUGACUGGUAUGGAGAGGACUCAGGUGAUGUGCUGGUGGUCCCCAUCAAGCUCCACAAGUGUCCUUUCUGCCCUUACACUGCCAAACAGAAGGGCAUCCUUAAGCGGCACAUCCGCUCACACACAGGCGAGCGGCCCUACCCCUGCGAGACGUGCGGCAAGCGGUUCACUCGACAGGAGCACCUGCGGAGUCAUGCCCUAAGCGUCCAUAGAUCCAACCGUCCAAUCAUCUGCAAGGGCUGCAGAAGAACCUUUACGAGUCACCUGUCCCAGGGACUGCGGCGCUUCGGGCUGUGUGACAGCUGCACCUGUGUUACAGACACACACGAUGAUGAAGACGAUUUGAUGCCCAUCAAUCUUAGCCUGGUGGAGGCCUCGUCCGAAAGCCAAGAAAAGAGUGACACAGACAAUGACUGGCCAAUCUAUGUGGAGUCUGGUGAGGAAAAUGACCCCGCUGGAGAUGAUUCUGAUGGCAGACAGCAGAUUCGGCCCAACUUGUCAGAUCAAGAGACACUUACGUAGCGGAAAAUUCUGGGGGUGGGUAGGGGGAGAGGUUUUAGAAUUUGUUGUUGCUCAUUCUAUGUUCGAAAGCCACCAUCUGUCCAAUUUUAUGGAAACCCGAGAGGAACAUGUUUUCACUGUUACUAUCGUUACAUUUUUGUUACAUUACACGGGGAAGGUUGGAUUUUGUGACUCAAAGGACUGAUGACUUCUUAGUGGAAUGCCCUUGCUUUCUGAGGGCUUUGUUGAGUUAAUUCUGAGUGAAUUAAUGCUUGCCCCAAGGCUUCCCAUUUUUCCUGUUGUGCACCCAAACUCUGGUUAGGAGAAAGACAAGAAAGUCCCCAUGCUUGA